CACACACACACACACACCGUGAUGACCCGUGAACACACACACUCGCCGCUCAGAAUGACGCAGCUCUGAUCGGAGGGAGGUGAUCUCUGAAAUUGCUCAGUGAGCACCCCUAAUUUCCCUGAUUUACAUAUCGCUGUUAAUCACACCCAAUGGAAUCCAAUCAGAAAGCAGGUGGGGACGGACUGGUGGGGACCCAGAAGGAGGCGGCGCUGCGGGCGCUGGUUCAGCAAACCGGAUACCAGCUACGGCAGGAGAACGGCCAGCGGAGGUAUGGCGGCCCGCCGCCCAGCUGGGACGGCCCGCCCCCUGAGAGGGGCAGCGAGAUCUUUGUGGGCAAACUACCCAGAGAUCUGUUUGAAGACGAACUGGUCCCGCUGUGUGAGAAGUUUGGAAAGAUCUACGAGGUGAGGAUGAUGAUGGACUUCAACGGGAACAACAGAGGCUACGCUUUCGUCACCUUCAGCAACAAAAUGGAGGCCAAAGCAGCCAUGAAGCAGCUCAACAACUACGAGAUCCGGAACGGCCGCCUCCUCGGUGUCUGUGCGAGUGUGGACAACUGUCGCCUGUUCGUGGGCGGGAUCCCCAAGACCAAGAAGCAAGAGGAGAUCCUGGUGGAGAUGAGGAAGGUCACGGACGGGGUCAUGGACGUCAUCGUUUACCCCAGUGCUGCCGACAAAUCCAAGAACAGAGGCUUCGCUUUCGUGGAGUACGAGAGCCACCGGGCAGCUGCCAUGGCCCGGCGUAAACUGCUGCCAGGUCGUAUCCAGCUGUGGGGUCAUGCCAUCGCCGUGGACUGGGCGGAGCCGGAGGUGGAGGUUGAUGAGGAUACCAUGGCAACCGUGAAGAUCCUGUAUGUGAGGAACCUGAUGCUCCAGACCACAGAAGAAACUAUCGAGAAGGAGUUCAACAGCCUCAAACCUGGUGCCGUAGAGCGAGUGAAAAAGAUCAGAGACUACGCCUUUGUCCAUUUCAGUCAGAGGGAGGACGCCAUCGACGCCAUGAACGCUCUCAAUGGGAAGUUGGUGGACGGCUCUCCCAUCGAGGUGACUCUGGCCAAGCCGGUGGACAAGGACAGUUACGUUCGGUACACCAGGGGGACCGGAGGACGAGGAAGUUCUCUGCUGCAGACCGACUACACCACCUACACGCUGGGACAGAUGUACGACCCGUCGGCGGCGUACCUCGGUGCACCCGUCUUUUACGCCCCCCACGCCUACACUGCCAUACCAGGUCAGUUCCGCUUCCCUCCAGCCAAAGCCCACGUUGGAGGUCGUGGUUUGAUCCGCACGCCGUCCGUUAGAGAAAUUUACAUGACUGUACCUGUAGGGGCGGCGGGGGUGCGGGGGCUGGGUGGGCGGGGCUACCUGGCCUACGCUGCCGGGGCCGGAGCCGUGGGACGCGGAGGCGGCGGCGGCUCCUACGGCCUGAAGGUGGACAAGCACGCGGAGGAGAAGCUGUACGACCUGCUGCCAGGGAUGGAGCUGACCCCCAUGAACCCCACCGCCAUGAGCCUGAAGACCGCCAUCAAGCCCGCCACGCAGAUCCUGGAGGAGCUGUGCCAGAAGAACAACUGGGGUCAGCCGGUCUACCAGCUGCACUCGGCCAUCAGUCCAGACCAGAGGCAGCUCUUCCUCUACAAGGUCACCAUCCCAGCUCUGGCAACCCAGUACCCCAACGUACAUCCCUUCACCCCCACUAAGCUUUGCGCGGCCGUGGAGGAAGCCAAGGUCCACGCCGCCGAGCACACGCUGCAGACGCUCGGCCUGCAGACGGAGGGCGCCGGCGACGCCAGCUGCGCUACUGCAGCCGCCGUGGCCUCAGUAGCCUUCCCAGGAUACGCCCUGGCGAGCCCGGCGUCCUCGGUGGCCUCCCAGCUGAAGCAGGCCGUCUCCCUGGGCCAGGACCUGACCGCCUACACCACCUACGAGGGCUACCCGGCCUUCGCCGUGGCGGCGCGCCACACUGACGGAUACGGCGUCUUCUAGAGGGGAUUCCUGAUGCUUCCCCUCUGACGCGCUGUUCAGUUAAAAUCAUCAAGGCUGCAAACUGAAAUCCAACCAGUUCAUCUCUGAUCUCAGUUUACAACUCCUGGUCUUUGUUUCCAUCGUGCUCCAGCGGAUAAGAGCAACGCGUCCAGAUAAUCGACCUUUGUGCAAUGUCCCCGCCCCCUUUUUAGGUAAAAACAUCCCAUCAACUGUGACUGGCGCUAAAUCAGGGGUCGGCAACCCGCGGCUCU